AUGGACAGCACGACGAAUUCAGCACCUCCUUUGAGGCGCACGGCGUAUCUCGAUGGCUUGAGAGGUUUCGGUGCGCUACUGGUCUACAUCUUGCAUCACAUUGGCGCGACACAUAUGGAGGAGCAUCAGGUUCUGGAAAAUGCCUUCGGACACAAGGGAAAGUACUACUUUGGCGCGUUUCCGUUUGUUCGGAUUUUCUUCACCGGAGGCCAUAUCGCCGUCGGCUUGUUCUACCUCAUCAGCGGGUACGUUCUGGCCGCCAAACCACUCAAUUUUAUCCAUUCUCGGGACAUGGCCAAAUUUGCGGACAAUGUUGGAUCUGCGCUGUUCCGACGUUGGAUACGAUUGUUCCUCCCGGUCUUUGGGCUCACCUUCAUCUGGAUGACGAGCUGGCAUCUUCUGAACUUCUUGCCCACUGGUGAUAUGGUGCCCGAACCGACGUACCUCGCGGAGCUCUCCAAAUGGUUCAAGGAUCAGAAAGGUUUCAGCUACUUCUGGGCUGGGAUCGCUCUGAGCUAUUACAGCUUCCAUGCCUGGUCGAUACCCUACGAGUUUCGAGGGUCCGUGGUUGUGUAUACGGUUCUGGUUGCCGUCGCUGGACUCGGGACUUCCGCGCGCCUUCGCGUUCAGUGUGUUCUGAUCUUCUAUUUCUUGUUCCUUCUGGACGGCUGGGGCAGCGCCUUGUUUGUCUGCGGCAUGUUGCUCGCCGAUAUGGAAAUGCUACACGCCAGAAACGAGCUGCCCAAGUUCUACUCUCGCAUUUUGACGGAAUCGAAGAAGACGUACUACUUCCUUCUCGUGGCAGGCAUGUACCUCGGCGGCGCACCCGCGGCGACCGACAAGCUUGCGGAUUUCAAGGAGUCACCUGGGUGGUACUAUCUUUCCUUUCUUGUCCCUGGAGCAUGUUCGGACCCGGGCUGGUUCUUUCGAUUCUGGGGCGGGACCUUUAUCAUGCUCGCCAUCCCACGGCUCCCGUGGCUUCGCUCCUUCUUCGAGACACGCUUUUGCCAGUAUCUCGGACGAAUAUCCUUCGGCUUAUAUCUCGUCCACGGACCGGUCUUAUGGUCCGUCGGAGAUCGUGUAUAUGCAUCCAUAGGUCUGCUGCGUUGGGGUCAGGAUAAAACGAUACCGCAGUGGAUCAAUUGUUUUCCGCUUCCGCGCUGGGGAAUUUUCGGCAUCGAGACCAAUUUCUUGCUGGCUCAGCUUUUCCUCUUUCCUCUGACGAUAUAUCUAGCAGAGAUCUUCACGAGAUUGGUGGAUGAGCCAAGUGUACAGUUCGCACAGUGGCUGUUUCGGAAGCACGUCGAGCCCAAGAGGGAUUCUGUAUUAUGA